GGGUUGAAAUGUCUCGUCAGGGAAAGCAAGAGGAGAAUCUUAAAGACAAAUUGAAAAGUUUGUUUCGAAUCAAAGACAAAUCUGCUCCUGUUACUUUCCAGAGACCAACUGUUAGAGAGUUUAUAUUUACUCCUGAUGUUCUGAAGGACAUUGGUCCUGAGAGUCCAGCCAACAACCGACUGCGGACUAUCAGGGAAUUAUGUAACACUGUUCAAACCAAGAAAUUGGAGGAGAAUGCAAUUGAAGCAUUAUGGCACAGUAUCAAGGAUUUGGUGCUGCCUGGAACAGCAGCCGAGAGUCGACAGAUAGCACUGCAUUUCCUCCACUCACUCAUAGAAGGACAGUUGCAGUACCUUGGUAUACUGAGGGCUCAUUUCUUCAGUGUGAUAGAGGACCUUUCUAACCAUGAAGAUCUCUCACAAAGGUUGGAGCUGUUCAAGGCAUUGAGUGAGAAUGGACGUAAUUUACAAGAGUUUGAAGACUUAGCAGGGCCAUUGCUGCUGCGGAUGAUGCCAGAUGUGCUGGCAUCAGGGAACAUGUCCACCUUUCUACAGCUGCUUGUCCAGAUAGUCAAAUAUAAUGCGGCUUACCUUGAUGAAGACGUCAUCUGUGGACUUGUGAAACAAACCUGCAUGAUACCUAACAGAUCACGAUCGGAGGAGGAUAUAAAGAUGUGCCUGGACAUCCUGGAUGCAGUGGUGUGCUACAGUUAUCUCCCCUGCGAGUGUCUCCAGCAUGUGAUUGCAGCCCUUUGUCGCAUGAUCAACAUGCCAAAGUAUUGUCUGAACAGUUGGGAGUUGAUGAAGAAGCUGUUGGGAACCCAUCUUGGACACAGCAGUAUCUACACCAUGUGUUGUAUGCUCCAGGACAGAAGACAACCUACAGACCAUAACUUGUUGCGUGGGUCUGUUUUCUUUGUGGGAAUGGCUCUCUGGGGCUCGAAGAAAGUGCCCACACUUAAACAUACAUUCUCCUCUGUACUACCCUCCUUUCUCCAGGUGCUGUCCACUAACAGUCACAUUGUUGCAUAUGAGGUGGUGCUCUCUAUACAUAGACUAGUGAAAAAGUACGGGAAGGACCUACAACAUGUUACCUGGAAUAUUGUCAUGGAUAUCCUGGAGGGGCUGCUCAAACUCAUGGAGGUCAGUGUGCCAAACCAACCUCCCUUGGAUCCCCGAAUGCCAGUGGAUUUCCAUGACAUUCUUUCCAUUAUAGAAGACCUCCACAUGCACGGCCAUUUCGCAGGAUGUGUGUCUCGGUUUUUUAAAAUCAUUGAGAUGUGUGCUUCAAAAAGGCCAGAGAGUUCCGUAUCCAUGCUGAUUACCCAUCAUGCUCAAAUGAUACUACCUGUGAAGGAGAAUUGGAUCCAGAAUCUUUACUCACUAUUAGAGAAAUACUUCAGACAAGAGAGUCGUACAAUGAUCAGAACAAAGGCUCUGGCUGUCCUUUCUUUUGUUCUUAGUGUCAAUAAACAUGUACACGAGGAUGAGCUGAUCAACAAUGUUGUGCUGCCUCACCUAGGACACAUAGACCAGGACAGUGACCCGGAGGUGAGGAAGGUCGCUGCUGAGAUGUUGCUGUGUCUGGCGCAGAGCUGUAGCCACCAGUGUUUCCUGCAUAUCAUAGUCCUCUUAGAAAAGUUGAUCGACAAGCCAGUGGUAGCCAUCGUAACUACUCCGUACCCGUCAACGGAAGGAGGAGAGACCCUGCAACAGCAUGACGAGAGUCAUCUAGUGGAUAUUAAGACUGGCAUUUUAGGGCUGGUGGAUCUCCUCCGGAUCAAACUUUACACCUACCCAUCGAGUGAGUGUCUGAAGAUCUACCAGAUGGUCGUGGGCCACAUUAGGACACAGUACAACAACAGUCAGGACUACAGUAGUCACACAGCAGCAGUCAUCAGGAAGGCUAUCAUGACUGCACUGCUCGAAAUGAGGUCUGAUAGUUUGAGCAGGAUGGGUUUUAUCAACAAGGAGCAGGAUAAUCUACUCAAGUUUAGCCCAUACAUUGUGUGUGAAUUAAGAUGUGAUGAUGAUACUUUGAGUGUCCCCUCCAGCCCCAACCCUGUCCCUAAGGAUUCAUCAAAGUUUCUGUGGACAAGUGCUUCACUACUGAACUACACUGAAGCCUUCAGCCUCUUCAUCACCUGUCUGAAACAUGACCUCGACUGGCAAGUGAUCGAGUGUGUGCUGGUUAAUCUGCCACUGUUACUACAGAACAAGACACUCAUCCUCUCCACUCAGGGUGACCUUAUUGACACUCUGUGUCAUGUACUCUGUGCCAUGGUAAAUGACCGCCAACUUGGCUUUCCUGAAAAACUAACCAGUGUUCCAUUUGGAAAGUUUACCAGAUCAGAUUUCCAUGCUUAUAUAUUUCCUGUACUAGCAUCCAUGGUGUCUUAUCACAAGUACCUGGACAGAAACAGACAGUUGCAGAAAGAGCUGAUCAAAUGUCUAGAGUUUGGUCUGGUGUCAAAGUGUGCCAAACUAUGCACCAAUGCGUUACGUUUGUGUACACUGGAAAUGCAGGAGGUAAUGAUGAGACAAUUACCAUCUGUCCUUCUGCAGCUCUCCAAAAUAUCAGCUACAGUAUCCAUGGCGAUACCUGUACUGGCAUUUCUCUCUAGUAUCGUCCGUCUACCAAAGAUGUAUGCUAACUUUGUGGAGGAUGAAUAUAUGAGUGUGUUUGCUAUAGCACUACCAUAUACCAACCCCUUCAAGUUCAGCCAUUAUACAGUGUCUUUGGCUCACCAUGUUAUUGCGAUCUGGUUCAUACGCUGUCGACUUCCCUUUAGGAAAGGCUUCGUCAAGUUUAUACAGAAGGGACUACGAGCCAAUGUGUUGCAGUUGUUUGAGGAAAACUCAAUGUUGCAGCUCCAGAAUGAGGAUUCAUCUGAUAGGAAUAGGGCUGCCACUUACAACGAGGCAGCUCUCAGCAGCCGACGAAGAAUGUUGUCUGGGUCGUCCAUAUCCAGACAAAGAUACCAUCCUCCAGUAGACGACAAGAUGUCACAGUUCCACAAGGAGCUGACAGAGACUUGUACAGAUUUCAUGGCUAGAUACGCUUUUGCCAACUACAAUGCUGUUCCUCACAGGUCACAGGAGGCAGAAUUUCUGCUGAAAGGAGGACAGACCCAAACGUGGCUGCUUGGAAAUAAGGUGGUUACUAUAACAACAAGUGGAGGGGGCAACAAUAAGUUUGGUAAUACAUGGCUGUGUGACCAGUGUAUGGCCCAGAUCCAGGGUGGAGAACCUCCAGAGAAGAGGCCUCCUCAGCCAGACACCCCAGGACGCAGACGUCAUAAAUCUGCUGUAGUUAGUCGCAGUUCUGUACAAGAAGCUUCCAAGUCCAGCAAUGAUGAUAUUGGUAUACAGGCACGCACAUCUUAUGAUGAUAUGAGUGUUAUAGGAGAAGAACAGCAGAAUGUUGGAGUACAGACAGGUCGUUCACUGACAGACCAGUCACCUGCCAAACCAGGCUUUGACACAGAGGCCAUAGAAUCCCUCCUAUGGGGGGUGAAGAACCCGUCAUCAGAUGGACGGGUGCUGAACAACCUCAUGUGUAAUUGUUGGUGCACUGGCUGGGCAGAGAUCAUGAUACGUGCUCCAAGUGGAAACCUUUCAUGGAUGAUGCGAAUUGAGAAUGAGACAAGUCUUACAUCUCUCCAGGAGUCACCUAUGACAGACAUUACCAUGCUGUUUGCAGCCAUGCGUAACAAGCCACCAGACAUGGACAGUUUGCGGAGCUCAAGUAGGAUAGACAGCGGGAGUAUUGGGGAGGAGGAGUAUGAGUCCUUGUAUGACCUUCACUUCCCCUCCGAUUCCAACAGUGACCACAAAAAAAUUACCCAAAGCCAGUCUGAAUCAAACUCCCAGGAGGACGAAGGGCAAGCUAGGACAGUUGAGACAAGUAACAGUGACCAAGCUUCCCAUACUCACCUCCUGAAGAGGAGUAAUUCCUCUCCUUCCUUGCUCAGUGGCAGUGCUGACAAUGUCGACAUGAAGGAAAGCAUCAGUGACAUGGCCCUGGUUGAUGUGAACAGAGCUGAACGAGAGGUGGCAACAAAAGUCCCAAACCAACCAGCUCAUCUUAACAGUGCUCAGCUUAGCUUAUCUCUGUCAGACAAUCAUAGACAAAGACCACCACCACUUACCAACCUUAGCCAACCCUCCUCACCAUUGAAGAGUGUCCAUCAUCACCUAGAUUUAGCACCAUCACCAGACAGUUCAGAAACAUCCUCACUCCAGGAUGAGGUGACAGACCUUCCUGCUUUCAGAAAGUUACGGGGUCAUACUAUCUCUAUAGUAACAGACACCAAAGGUGAGGAGAAGUUUGUGCAGGGGAGGUCAAAGGCCAUCACCCCGAAAGAGAGUGGUCGUGGUGGCAUCAAUCCUAGCUUCGUGUUCCUACAGCUGUACCAGGGUGGAGUUUUACACCAGGGCAACGACAUGCCAAUCCUACUGCCAGAUAAUCAGGCAAUCACAAGAGGUCUGAAGAUGCUGGACCACAUACACCCAUAUGAGACUCACAAAGUUGGUGUGAUUUAUGUCGGGCCUGGCCAGACCAGGGACGAGAAGGCAAUACUAAGAAAUCCUUAUGGAUCGGAGAAGUAUGCCCAGUUUCUGCAAGGCCUAGGACACUUGAUGCAUCUGCCUGAUUGUGACCCCAACAGGGUCUAUAUUGGGGGGCUAGAUGUUCAUGGUAGUGAUGGACAGUUUGCCUACAGCUGGCAGGAUGAAACAAUGCAUGUGAUAUACCAUGUGGCGACCUUGAUGCCAAACAGAGACUCUGACCCCAACUGUAAUGCCAAGAAGCUCCAUAUAGGGAAUGACUAUGUGACUAUUGUAUACAACGACAGCGGGGAGGACUACAAGAUUGGGGCUAUCAAGGGCCAGUUUAACUAUGUCAAUAUAAUGAUUAAACCAUUGGACCAUGAGAGUAAUGCUGUCACUUUACAAGCCAAGGAAGUGCCGUUUCAGGACAGGAUAACUACAGACAUUGCUGAAAUUCUUGGACACAAAGACACCAAGAUCAUAUCAGAUGCCAACCUCCCCGAUUUGGUCAGACAGAUAGCUGUGAACUGUGAUCUGGCCUCUCUAGUGCUGCAGAGACAACAGAGCCAGCCACAGGAUCCUUUCGCAUCGAACUGGCUGGAAAGACUUCGUCAGAUCAAACGAAUCAGGAUGAAGACAUUGACAGAAGAAGGGAACCAAGUGGAACAACCAGCAAAACAGCAAGAGCUUGGAGACUUUACAGAGUUUGUGUGAGAGGACUGUGUAUUGAUUGUGGUGUGAAGAGGUGGUACUCUGGCAAGUUGCUGUGAUGGAACUUUGAUUGAAGAAUGAAUGGUUCAAGACUUGAUUUAGUAUGUGUAGUGUGUGAAAAAGUUGGAGACUUGAUGAAUGUGUUAUCUGAUGAUUAGCUGUGUUAACAAAGGAUGAUGCUGGAUGUAGCCUGAGCAUGGCUCUGAAAUCUGCUUGGCAAGGCGAGAUGUAUCUUCAGAUUGUUCUAGUCACAUGUUCUCUGCGUAAAAUCAUAUUGGUGUUAAUGUUUUUUCAAAGGAUAGAACGUUUCUAGGUAAAUUAUUUUUAUGAAAUUGUUGAAAAAAUGACAAAAUGAUGUAUUUUUUCUUAAACUAUUUCUCUUAAUUAUAUUCCUGUUUUUAUUAUGUCUGUAUACUAAACCCUAGUGCAACUGUUACCUAAAUAAUUGAUUUUCUGCCCUUUUAUACAAUUGCUGUUCACCCUGCAUGUUGUAAGUCUACAGAUGUAUAGAAGGUAUAUAUCCCUGUCACCAGCCAAAAUGUGAGACCAUUGCAGUGUUGCCUGUUACUUUCGUGUUUACAGACUCCAUUGUAUUCCGACAUUGGUACCCAAUACAAUCUUGAAAGUAAAA